AUGCCGCCUGUCACGAGGUCUCGCCGCGCCAGCACCAGGAACUACAUCUCUCAGUUCACGCCCCAGUCGUCCCAGCCAGUAGAGGACAUCUCCGACGACGAGACUGUCCCUAUGGAUGAAGAGGACCCAGCAAUGAUGACAGAGGUGGAUGAUGAUGAUGAAAACUGGAUGGACUCUCUUGUAGCAGCUGCACCUGUUCCUCCCACUGCACCCACUCCACCAAUUGUUCCAGUGGCACCUAUUGCACCGACACCACCAGCUUCACCAGUUGCACCUGCUGCCCCUGUUGUACCAGAGGUGGUUUCUCCAGAUGGUCCUGAGGAAGAAGACCCAGGAUAG